UGCACCCGUCGCCGGUGGGAUAGGGGAGAGAACCAGAAGGCUACAAACGAGAAAACUCUUGGCUUGGAGAUAAGAAACAGUUUAACAACCACCCCUAUUAGCCACCCACCACAAAUAUCCCAAACGGGAUGUUUCUUCUCCUCAGAAAUUUGUGUGGGUAUUCCCCCCCCCCCCCCCCCCCCAACCUUGCAGAUCUAGAAUCAGAAGAUCUGGAGUAUUUUGGGGCCUUUUAUAUUGUGGAUUUGUCCUCACUGCCCAGGGCCUUCAAGAUCCUGGACAUACAUUGCCAAAGAACUAAUAUCACUGAAAAUUAAAUGCUGGUUAUCAGGACAUUUUUUUGACUCCAUUGUUAAUUCACCCAGAAGCUUGGCUGCUGUGCCCUGCUGAAGUAGGCCACUGGCCUUCAGUGAAAUAGCUUUUAUGUGGGACAGUGAUCUGACUAGACACCAGGUUCUCUUCUCUGAGAGUUAACAGUGGAGAAAGCAGCUCUGAAACUAUAAAGAAGAAAGGCAGAUGCAGAACUUGGUGUUAAAAAACAGUGCAGGUGCUCCUCAGAGAGUCUGCAUACUUAUCUGAGAGCCCAGGAGUCUCACACAAGAAGACCUUGUUUAUGUGAAUUUUGUGGUUAAGCCUCAUAAAUUGCCAGGUGCCACCUGAAUUUGAGAGUGCUGUAUUCUUUUUAGUUGAAGUAACCUGUGGUUAGGACCAGGGUGGUACUGGGAACUUAGAAGGGCAGGGAUAAGUGAGAUAAACAGCUUUACAGUGGCUUUUAAAAGAAGAGGGAACACAGAGCAAGAGCAUGCAAGAGGGAGAGUAAGCUUGACAUUGGGAGCAAACUGGGCAGACAUAGCAGCAGCCUCUACAAACUGACAGUGAGCUAAAGGUGAUUUGGUUUCUGCCAGAUAGCAGAUGUCAGUAGCAUCACAAAUGGACCUGCCUGAAGAAAUUCAGCAUCUGUAUACCAAUUUUUCUGAAUGGAAAUUCAAGCUGUUUAAAGUGAGAUCAUUUGAAAAACUACCUUCUGAUGACAUAAACAUGGGUAAGGCAGAAGAAGUUGCUUCUUCCAGGAAAGAAAUCAUACUGUGUAAAGAUGAAGCAGUGCCAAGAGGAGAAAACAUGGACUUAAUGGGCAAUAGACAGGUACUUGAGAAUGAUGACAAAAACAUGAAAACACAAGACAAUAAAGCUCAUCAGAACAAUCUGAAGCAACUUUGCCGCAUCUGUGGAGUUUCAUUUAAAACUGAUUGUUACAACAGAACUCACCCAGUGCAUGGGCCAGUGGAUGAUGAAACUCUGUGGCUUCUGAGGAAGAGAGAGAAAAAAGCAACCUCUUGGCCAGAUCUUAUCUCUAAGGUUUUUAAGAUUGAUGUGCGGGGGGAUGUUGAUACUAUCCAUCCCACUCGAUUCUGUCAUGAUUGUUGGAGCAUUAUCCAUAGAAAAUUCAGUAAUACUCCAUAUAAAGUAUGUUUUUCUAGGAACAGCAUGAAGGAGUGGCAACGCCACUCUCCAAACUGUGAUGUGUGCCACACUACCCGUCAGGGAGUCAAGAGGAAAAGCCAGCCACCCAGUGUACAGUAUGGCAAGCCUGCGAAAACGGUUGCAGAAUGUGCUCAAAUAAACAGAAAUGUAAAGAACCAAGCCCAGAUAAACAAAAAUUUAAUGAAAGAGAUUGUCAGUUGCAAGAAUAUACAUCUCAGCACCAAGCUCCUUGCAGUUAAUUACCCCAUAGAUUUCAUUAAAUCUAUCUCCUGCCAGAUCUGUGAGCAUAUUUUGGCAGAUCCAGUGGAAACAUCAUGUAGGCACUUGUUUUGCAGAACCUGCAUCCUUAAAUGUUUCAAGGUUAUGGGCAGCUAUUGCCCCUCCUGCUGGUAUCCUUGCUUCUCUACUGAUCUGGUCACCCCAGUGAAAUCCUUCCUGAACAUCCUUGAUAAUCUGGGUAUAAGAUGCACUGUAAAGGAAUGUGAGGAAGAGAUCUUGCAUGAAAAAUAUGGUCAACACCUCUCCAGCCACAAGGAGACGAAAGAUAGAGAGCUCUACAGCCACAUAAAUAAAGGUGGCCGACCAAGGCAGCAUCUCCUGUCUUUGACCAGGAGAGCUCAGAAACAUCGUCUGAGAGAACUGAAGCGUCAAGUCAAGGCUUUUGCUGAGAAAGAAGAGGGAGGUGAUAUAAAAUCUGUAUGCAUGACUUUGUUUCUGCUAGCUUUAAGAGCAAAAAAUGAACACCAACAAGCAGAUGAAUUGGAGGCUAUAAUGCAAGGGAGGGGAUCUGGACUUCACCCUGCGGUCUGCUUGGCAAUUCGAGUCAACACGUUUCUUAGCUGUAGCCAGUAUCAUAAAAUGUAUAGAACAGUAAAAGCUGUCACUGGAAGGCAGAUCUUUCAGCCUUUGCAUGCUCUUCGCACUGCUGAGAAAGCCCUUCUACCAGGUUAUCAUCCAUUUGAGUGGAAACCUCCCUUGAAAAAUGUGUCCACUAACACAGAAGUGGGAAUUAUAGAUGGACUAUCAGGAUUGCCACUCUCAAUUGAUGACUACCCAGUAGACACAAUUACAAAGAGGUUUCGGUAUGAUGCAGCCUUGGUUUGUGCCUUAAAGGACAUGGAGGAGGAGAUCUUGGAAGGCAUGAAAGCGAAAAACCUGGAUGACUAUUUGAAUGGUCCCUUCACUGUGGUAGUGAAAGAGUCCUGUGAUGGAAUGGGAGAUGUCAGUGAAAAGCAUGGAAGUGGGCCUGCUGUCCCAGAGAAGGCUGUUCGCUUUUCUUUCACAGUCAUGAACAUUGCUAUAGCACAUGGGAAUGAAAGCAAGAGGAUCUUUGAAGAAGUAAAGCCCAAUUCAGAGCUGUGUUGCAAGCCCCUGUGCCUUAUGCUGGCUGAUGAAUCAGAUCAUGAAACUCUGACAGCAAUCCUGAGCCCCCUAAUAGCAGAAAGAGAGGCUAUGAAAAACAGUGAACUGCUACUUGAAAUGGGAGGCAUCCUGAGAACAUUCAAAUUCAUCUUUAGGGGUACAGGGUAUGAUGAGAAACUUGUGCGGGAAGUGGAAGGGCUGGAGGCCUCCGGUUCCACUUACAUUUGUACCCUGUGUGAUGCAACCCGUCUGGAGGCAUCCAAGAAUGUGGUCUUUCACUCCAUAACCAGGAGCCAUGCUGAAAAUCUGGAGCGAUAUGAAAUAUGGAGGUCCAACCCAUAUCAUGAAUCUGUUGAUAAGCUCCGUGACAGAGUGAAGGGUGUUUCAGCCAAACCUUUUAUAGAGACCGUUCCCUCCAUAGAUGCGUUGCACUGCGACAUUGGAAAUGCAGCAGAAUUCUACAGGAUUUUCCAGAUGGAGAUCUGUGAAGUUUAUAAGAAUCCUGAUGUGUCUAAAGAGGAGAAGAAGAGGUGGCAGUUGGCACUUGACAAACACCUCAGGAAAAAGAUGAACUUGAAGCCUAUGAUGAGGAUGAGUGGAAAUUUUGCUAGAAAACUCAUGUCCAAAGAGACAGUAGAGGCAGUAUGUGAGUUAAUAAAGUGUGAAGAAAGGCAUAAGGCCCUAAAAGAACUAAUGGACCUUUAUCUGAAGAUGAAGCCAGUGUGGCGAUCCUCAUGCCCUGCUAAGGAAUGUCCAGAAUUGCUGUGCCAGUAUAGCUAUAAUUCACAGCGUUUUGCCGAGCUCCUAUCUACAAAGUUCAAGUACAGAUAUGAAGGCAAGAUUACAAAUUAUUUCCACAAAACCCUUGCUCAUGUUCCUGAAAUCAUUGAAAGAGAUGGGUCCAUUGGGGCCUGGGCAAGUGAAGGAAACGAGUCUGGAAACAAACUGUUUAGGAGGUUCCGAAAAAUGAAUGCCAGGCAGUCCAAAUGCUAUGAGAUGGAGGAUGUCUUGAAACAUCACUGGCUAUAUACCUCAAAGUACCUCCAGAAGUUCAUGAAUGCUCAUAAAACAUCAAGAAACUAGGGCUUUACCACUGAUACAGAGGAUACUUUAGGUGACCCUGUGACACUGGAUAUCUUGGAAAGCAAUGAUUCAGGGGAAGUCUAAAUGUAAAGGAGCAUUUGUUGUUGGGUUUAUAAUGGCGUCUUCCUGCAAGGAGGCAGCUUGUUUUUCAGGGCUGUAGAGGUACAGGGAAGUGUGAAAAUAUAAUUUCUCCAUUCCUUGUUAAAGGUGCUGAGUGGAGUUAAGCACCAUGUCUGUUGGGAUUUUCCAAGAGGCAAUGCAUUAUGUGUUGUGUGUUGGUAUCGGGUAACUCAGCUGUCCUGUGAGAUGAAAGCAGGAACAAAUUGAAAAGAAGGUUCUUCAGUUUAUUUUGGUCUUAGCAUGUUGCUUAGAAGUGAGAAAGCCAAAGUAAACAAGAUUUAUAUAAAGUAGCAUUUUCGAAUGAGUAUGUUUGUGGAGAGUUAUGACAGUUGCUGAAAAAGGGAGCAGGCUGUUUGUUUUUAAAACUAUUUUGGUUUUUACUUCUUAAGAGGGUUUGAUUAUUUUAUUAACAGUCCCCUGGCUUUUAUAAGUAAAGCCUCAUCAGUAAGACAUUUGGGUAUUUGUUUGGGGACAAAGUUCACUUAUUUUUGUAUAAAAUGCUGAGUAAAGAUGCAAACUUUGAUCUCACACACUUUAAAAAAUAUUAUUAUUUAACAUUUGUAUUGUAGUAUGCUUAGGAGCAGCUGGUGGUAUCACAAUGCUCAUUUCCUAUAUGAAGAUAGAGGAAAGGUAGCUGGAAUCUCUUAAAGAUAUUUUUAUCAUAAAUAAUGCAAACUAAAAUGCAAACUCGUGCUCCUAAAUCAGGAUUUACAGUACUUUGUGGUUGGUUAUUUCACUAUACAAAGUACAUUCAAGCUCUGCUGUGCAGCUUGGUGCUUCAUGAGCAUUUUAGAUUUCUGUGGUAACUUUGGUAUAAUUUGUAUUAGUAUUUGUAUUAGUGAAUUCCUGGUGUCCCUGAAGUCACCAGUAAAUUGUAAUUAAUACCAGCAGGCCCACAGUUUCCCCAAACACCUUUAGUCACAGCAGACCCAUUUCUCAGGAGAUGGAUAUUACCUUGAUCAGAUACAUGACAUUGUUCUGAUGUCCUAAUGUAACCUAUUAGGGUAUUUCACUUACCACUACUGAUGUCCUCCAGUUGUAUCCAAUAUUGAGCUUUUCCCAUCUGUGAUACACCACACUCAUAGUCUCAUUUUCCAAAUUGUAAAAGAGGAAUGGUAUUUAUUAACCUCAAGGAUAGCUGGUGUACCAGAUGAGUUAAAAAGCAAUGAAUUGUCUUGAAAUUACUGCAUAUUGUAUUUCAUGUUAUUACAGAAGUGUUUAGUAGGCAUUCCUCCUUCAUACUGUAUUAGUUGACUCAUUUUGCUGGUUGUAUUUGCCUUUCUGAAGUAAUAUCUAGUAUAUUAAUAUACUAAAUUUAUCUGUCUUUAAUUCAAUAUUAAUAGAAUAAUAGAAUCACAGAAUUAUUUGGGUUGGAAGCUCAUCCAGUUCUAACCCCCUGCCAUGGGCAGGAAGAUCUUCCACUAGACCAGGU